UACUCUGUUGAUGUAGAGGAAAAUACAGGUCCCCUUCUUCCUGAGAGUGAAAUUUAAUCCCUGCCUUCUGUUAUUGUUAACGCAUUCCUUGAGUCUUGGUCACACUGUGGCCUUGCCUAUGCGGAGCUCAUUGCAGGAUUGGGGCCAAAGUUAGCCUUGCUAGGAAGGGUUUCCAUACUGGCUGAGAGAGAACGCAGUAUUGACAAGGCAUCCAUACUUGAUCCCCUUUAGGAUUCUAUUCUCCACUUGCUUUGUCUCUGUUGUUAUUACUUGGAUCCAAAUUUUUCCAGCUUUGGUGCCUAAAGUUAGGCCCACAAAUCCAUAUCUAGGCACCAACGUUUGUUGUUUUUUCUUUUCCCCAGAGAUGCUGAGUAUCCACAAUUCCUCAACUUCAGUGGGAAUUGCAGGGGCUUAGCAUCUCUGAAGAUCAGGCCACUUAUUUAACUGCCUAAAUACAGAUGUGUCUAAAAUUAGACAUUGAAACAAAGUUGUUGACCUAUGGGGUGGUGUGACCCAGUCUCUUUCCUCAUUAUUGAGUUGAGAUCCAAGACAAAUAUCUGAAAAAUUAGUUAAAGUUUAACUCCUGAAUAAGCUUUUCCAAGUUUGCACAAACUGCUCUCUCAUGCCCUUGGCGCACAUCCUGGUUUAUCACUUUUGGGCCAUGCUUUAAGCUCAUGACCCUUGUUUGGUGCAGAAUUUGUUGCUGUAUUUAAACCUUUUAUUUUGCUGCAGUUACUGUUCCAACUUUUCUUUAUCCAUGUAUAGAAUCCUGGAAAUGUUGAGCUGGAAGGGACCUCAAGUGGUUGUCUGUUCUAGUCCAUCUCCUCGCACUGAAGCAGGAUUAAGUAUACCUACACCAUCCCUGACAGGUGUUUGUCUAAUCUGUUCUCUAAAACCUCCAGAGAUGGGGAUUUCGUAGCCUCCCUAGGCUCAGCCCGCCGCUCUGUCACACCUGUAAGCUGUCGCACAGCAGCACCUGAGCACACUUGCGCCCUUAGGACAGCAGCUGGGCUGGAGUCACAUACAGGAGCCGAGAACAGACCUGAGCCACUGCACAGAAGCUGAGGGAGAAUUAGAGAAGGGAGCCUGGAGCUAUCCUGUACCCCUUGGCAGAGGCCGGGAGAGUCAGAGAGAAGCCCUGAUCUGAGUGCCAAGCAGCAAGUUCCUCUUGUACCUCUGAGCCUCCCGCUCCCUUCCUUUGCCCUGCAGGCCUGGGGGAGAUGAGCAUUUCAUCUGAGCACCGAUCCCUGGGGAAACAAGUCACGAGCAGUCUACAAACGCUGUCACCGAUCGUGGAGUUAAACAUUGGCGGGGAGGUGUACACAACAACGCUAAGCACCCUGAAGAAACACCCUGGCUCCAAGCUGGCAGAGAUGUUUACUGGCCAGCCCAAGCUCAGGACUGACUCAGAGGGGAGGUUCUUCAUCGACAGGCCAGGCACCUAUUUUAAGUACAUCUUGGAAUACCUCCGCAGUAACCAGGUGCCCACCCAGUGCAUCCAGGAUGUGUAUAAAGAGGCAUUGUUCUAUGACAUUGAGCCUCUGGUCAAGCAGCUGGAGGACUCCCCUCAGAUUUUUGGGGAGGUGGUGGCAAGGAAGCAGUUUCUGGCCCAUGUGCCCAGCUACAGUGAGAACAUUGAGCUGAUGAUUCGCAUUGCCAGGGCGGAGGCGGUAGCCUCCCGCCAGUCCAGCGUCACAGUGUGUGUGGUCAGGACCGAGGAGGAUGCAGCCAAGUGUCACGACACCCUGAACAGCUUGGACAUGGAUAAGAAAUCUGUGGUGAAGUUUGGCCCCUGGAAGGCAACGCCGAGCAUUUCUGACCUGUUGGAUUGCAUUAAAAUGGACAUUGAAGCCAAAGGAUACAAGAUUUCCUUCCAGCCCCACGUCACGGAGAAAGGCUUCCGGAUCAAAUCCUACGUCUUCUUCUACAAAUUUCUGUUCACCUGGUGGUAGCAAAAGGGAAGGGUUGGCAGUGAUUUUUAAAUGGCUAUUAAAAUAAAUAGACUUCUGUUGCUUUAAUAUAGAAAAUCUCUCAGAGAUCAGAUUCUGGAAUCUGGCCAAACUGCACACCUCACAAGUUGAGAUGUGUGUGCAACGGGAGUGUAAAUCCUCCCCGCCCCCAUGCUAUUCUAAAACUGAGUCUAUCGUGUACAGGCCUGGUCUUCCAGUGUAAGUCAGAGCAGCCUUAGACUGAUUGCUAACAGCCCCAAGGGGCUGAAACCACAUUCAGGGGACCAGAGCAGUAGAGGGUGUCAUCCUCUUUACUCUGACCUCAUUCUAUGUAAACAGCCAGAGCUGCGGGUAGUGUAGUCUCUACACCAGCUCUGAGGCAAUCGUCCUGGGACUGAGUUAACCAGUUUUACAGCCAGAAACAGCUGUCAGUGCAGUGCAAAGUAGCCACAUUGGAGGAUCUGGUACAGAAUUUUUACUAUUGCUACACAUAUACAAUAACAGGCAGAACGAACUUUGCUUGGCUUCCAGAUCCCAGGUCAUGUUUGCAGUACUGGGGGGAAAUCAUCUUUGUAAAAAGAAAAGGCGUACUUGUGGCACCUUAGAGACUAACCAAUUUAUUUGAGCAUAAGCUUUCGUGAGCUACAGCUCACUUCAUUGGAUGCAUAC